GGACAUGCAGCUCUACAGCCCCGGCUUCAGCCACUACCCCUCGGGGGGACCCGCCGCCGCAUCCCCGCCCUCCGCGGCCCCCGCCCCCUUCAAGGUCUCCUUGCAGCCUCCGGACCCCGCCGCCGAAGCCGCCGGCGCUGACUGCCUUCCAGCCGCCGCCCCCGCCGCCGACGCCCGAGAAGCCUCUGCCGCUGCCACCGCCGCGAUGCCCGCCUUCUCCUCGUGCUUCGAGAUGGUGCCGCCGGGGGCCGCCGCCCCUGCAGCCGCCGCGGCCGCGGGCUCGUGUAAGCCGCCGCUGCCUCCGCCGCCGCCGCCGCCGCCCCCGCCGCCGCACUACACGUCCACGGCGCAGAUGAGCGUGCGCUGCUUGGGCCCCGAGCGCACCGCGCUGCGAGGCCUGGAGCCCUGCGCCCGGCCGCCCGAGCCGCCGCGCCGCUGUUCCUCGUCAGCCUGGCUGCUGGAGGAGCUGCUCAAGCCGAGCCCGGAGCCCGGCCCCCGCCCGGACGGGCCCGACCGAAACUUCCGUCUGAGCGAGCACCAGCAGGCCCUGGCCGCCACCCGGCCCCGCGCCUCCUCCCCUGAGCCCCCCGCGCCGCGGCCCGCCGAGUCCCCCGGCCGCGCCCCUGCCGCCGCGGCCGCGGCUGCCGCCGGCCCCAAGGACGAGAAGCUGGCCCUGUACCUGGCCGAGGUGGAGCGGCAGGACAAGUACCUGCGGCAGCGCAGCAAGUUCCGCUUCCACAUCAUCCCCGACGGCAACUGCCUGUACCGCGCCGUGAGCAAGGCCGUGUCGGGCGAGCAGAGCCAGCACCGCGAGCUGCGCGAGCAGACCGUGCACUACAUCGCCGACCACCUGGACCACUUCGGGCCGCUCAUCGAGGGCGACGUGGGCGAGUUCCUGAUCGCCGCGGCGCAGGACGGCGCCUGGGCCGGCUACCCCGAGCUGCUGGCCAUGGGCCAGAUGCUCAACGUGAACAUCCACCUGACGACGGGCGGCCGGCUCGAGAGCCCCACCGUGUCCACCAUGAUCCACUACCUGGGCCCCGAGGACGCGCUGCGGCCCAGCAUCUGGCUGAGCUGGCUCAGCAACGGCCACUACGACGCCGUCCUGGACCGCUCGUACCCCAACCCGGAGUACGACAGCUGGUGCCAGCAGACCCAGGUGCAGCGGCGGCGCGACGAGGAGCUGGCGCGCUCCAUGGCCAUCUCGCUGUCCAAGAUGUACAUCGAGCAGAACGCGUGCUCGUGAGCGCGGCCGCCCGCUGGAGAAGAGGCCAGACUGACCUGGGAAUCAGAUAAAACUGAACGUUCCUUAAGCUGAGCGUAUCGUAUCGGAAGUUCCCUGCAGUACUGGCACACUGAACCCAGAACUUCCCCUGCUAUGCCAGAUAACCACUUCAAACUGAUUCAUAUCAACUCCCCGUCCUGAAAGCCAUCCCAGCCCAGAGAUGACCUGAUAAGACUACCAUGUGAUUGCAACUGCCCUGUGCCCACCCCGAGCCCAGUUCUAACUGUGCUCCCAUGUAUACAUGUCCACUAACUUCGGAGGAAUAAAGUCACAGAUAGAACCUAACUGGUUUGUCUUUCUUAGAACAAACUUUGGGGGAAAAGGUUGACUUCUGUUAACAUGGCAAGUACUUCAGUCUUGGGUUAAAAUUUCAAUUUAAAUCACUUUAUUUCUGUUAGGUUUUUCCCUAAAAUUUAUUAAUGCUUAUAGUUUAGGACAACAAUGGAUUAAUAUUAGGGAAGUAGAAACUGGAAUAUUAGAAGUAAUUAACAAGUGAAUAGUCUCCUUCCUGCCAAAGCAGUAUAAUGGUGGACCUUUUCAUUCCAGUAGCAAAAGUACUAUUUGAGGGAAAAGUCUAAGUUUUUUAUAUGAUCCCUUAUUCAUGGUUAAGUUCUUUAAAAAAUUAGCAUUUGGUUUUAUAUUAGAUUAUCUGUUCCAGUUAAUAAGAUCAUAAAUUUAGACCUUGAAGGGACCCCAGACAGUAUUUAGUCUAGAUUCCUGCAGAUUAGGAAACUGAAAAUAAAGGAUGUUAAAUGAAUUGUCCAAGACUACAUGGAUAGUGUCAGAAGCAAAUCUUGAACUGACAAUACUGGCAUAUAUCUGAUCCCAUUAGAUAAUUGUAUUUUCGUUUCCAUAAUUCAUCUCCUGACUUACUAUGGUAUAUCUGGGAAUAAAAAUGAAUGUACUUUCUCUAUUUGAUUCAUAUUUUAAUAUCUUAAUGCUUUAGUCACUCCAUGGUGGUGAUUAUUUUUUAAAAUUGUCAUUAGAGUAUAACACAUUUUUUUUGAUCAAUUAAAACAAGUUUCGAAAAUGAGUCAUUUCCAAAGACAUCUAUGAACUAACUCUGUUAUCUAAAAUUUCCUCUUCAUUUGUUUUCUAAGCUGGCAACUUAUACUAGUUCUCUUGGUAUCUCAAAAUUUUGUGACUCUCAGUUCAAUAAAAACUAUUAAUUCAAA